AUGAUCAACGACCGGUUGCUCUCGUUGGAAGCAGCCAGAUGCACAACAACGUACACGAUGGAAACUAUCACGUCUGGAUUUCUGGUCUGGUUGAGAUGGGCUAGCAGAAAGUCCAGGAACGACGCGUAUCCCUGGGACUUGGCCACGCUGGACUCGGGGAAUUCCUGCUUGACGGCGGAAAACUCCACGAUCGAGUUCGAGACAAUCCCCAGCACCACAGACUUGAGUCUGAUCUCGUCCAUUUUCAGCUCCUCGGGACAGUUCUCGAUGAUGUCGUCCGGAAUGUGCAGCAAGUCCACCAGUUUGCGAACCAGUUUCAGAUCAACCAAAUACGUUCUCAACAAGCUGGCCGAUCUAGACAGCGAUCUUAGCAGAUAG